AAACUCUUCUCACAUUCACAUUCACAUUCACAUUCCUCCUCUCUCUCAUUUCAUUUCAUCUUCACCAAACUCUCAUGGACUUCGAUUCCGCAGACAAACGAGAGAGUGUGGAGGAGACAGUGAUGAUGGAAUACGAUGAAGAAACCAAUCAAUUCGACGUUGAAUUUUGUCCGGUUGAGCAUCCUAUUGAACCGGAGGAAGAAGAUCGUCCGGUUAAAUGUCCCGUACCAAUAUCAUCUUCUCUCAUCCACAAACCAAAGGAGAAAUCGAAACCGGGGUGGGUUAAACACAGAGCCAGCAGCUACGAAACUCCGGUUUAUCCACCGCCACGUCAUCAUGUACGUAACGUACGAAAGAGACACAACUCGUUUGACGUGGAAGGGAACAACAAUUUCUUCACGAGAUCUCAUGAUGAUGACGAAACCACCUCUCGAAGAUCCAACGUCACGUUCUACCGAGUUCUUCAACAAGUUCAGGAGUUCGAGUCGUAACAAAAUAUCAAAUCUCUUUGAGAUGUUUAUGUUGGGGUAAUGUAGUAGUUCUAUGUAGUACCAAAGUUUCGGUAUACUUGUUAUUUAUAUUGUUAUUCGGUGAUAACCGGUCCGGUCAGAUUCGGUUAACAGCUUAAAAAAUGUUAUAAUUUCUACUUUUCUAGUUUCUUAUGAGUGCAUGGGCAUUUUCAGUAUAAUCCUACGUUAGAAUGGGCCGUGUUUUAUGAAAGUCAAUAUAUGGGCUUAACUGGGCUAUACUUUCUAAGUUCAAAUAAUUUGUUAUAUAUAUUUUUUUUUCCCAUCAAUUUUAUGAUCUUGC